AUGACUAAGACGGCCGAGGAGAGUUGCGAAGUGUAUCACGAUUUGGGUCCGGCCAUCCAUCCAUCCAUCCACCCAUCCAUCCAUCCACCCAUCCAUCCUUUACCCAUGCAUGCACCGUACAAAGGGCCAUGGCACGGCUGCGUCAUCGAGAAGUCUCAGCAGACCGACUUGACUAGUUACCAACACGUACUUCGUAGUAUCUAUCCGACAGGGAGGACAGGGAAGUCAAUCAGAAUGCAGGCAACGGGCGGCACCUUGGCUGGUAUGGUAUGUUUAGCCCCAGACUUCCCAUGGGGCUCUCACACGGGCCUUACUACUUUUCGGCAUGUCCCAGGCAAGUCAAAAGUCAAGUCAGUCACUUCAAUCCAAGUCAAUCACUCGGUCACUCCCUACUCAAUUCGGCUUGGAAGAGAGGGAGCUGAGGGGGGGGGGCAUGAAGAGGGCCCGGCCAUUUUCUGGUUCCUUCUUUAA